AUGAAGCUCUCGAUCUCCGCUGUCCUUGUCUCUUUCUUCUUGUCUUCCACGGUCUCCGCUGCCCCCGUCGAAUACGCAAAUACUGUGACUAUUCAGCUUGCCAACUCCAAGCCUGGUACCAAUGCCGAUAUCUGCUUUCCCGCUGAUGGCGUCAAGCGUCCUAUCGAAGCCCUAUGGGGUCACACGGAAGUCGCCCAGAACGGCCGUGUCUUUGCGACGAGCGCCCAGCUCAUAAGUUAUCGGCCGAAUACCGUCUGCACCAUCUUCAACGAAAAGGGCCAAUCUUGGACGCUAAACGCAAGACACGAUUGGAAACAGCUGGGCUGGACCUCGGUGGAUUUGUGCUCCGCGUUCUUAGCAUGCGAGGAUACCCAUGUUUGGUUAUAA